CCCGAAGAAGGUACAGAAGAACUCAGCGGCAGCUACACACUUCGCCAGUGGGCAUGGUUUGGAUUACAAUAAAAAAGGAUAGGCAUCGGGUGCAAGAGAGGGGCCUCUUCUCUAACUUUAUACAGUGGUAAUGGAGGCAAAGGAAACCCCAGUUCAUGAUGGAAUCCGCCGCUCAAAAAACAGUCUUUUAUCUCUUUAUGCGUAAAGCACAAAAAGAUGGAAAACAAUAGAAACAUUUAUUUUAUCACUAAAGAAAAGAACUGAACUGCGUACCUUGAUAUUAAAUAUCAAGCUCUUCUUCCUGCUCUUGACCAUCAACAGCUUCUUGGUUGCCAACUUUGCAUGAGAAGACAAUUUAGUUCCAUCUUCAUCUUAACCAAAGCGAGAUCAGAGUGAAGCAAAGCAACGAAGAAAAUGACAGAAAGCUUGCAGGGUUCCAAAUUGACGAGGAAUCGGCUUGAAAAGAUUGAGGAAGAUAAGCCAGCGAGUUGGUUGCCGGCGACAUGCCCUCCACCGGAAACUCCGACCGAGUCCAUGGAGUUCCUCGCCAGGUCAUGGAGUCUCUCAGCCAUGGAACUCUCUAAAGCUCUUUCCCACACUUGUAAUCUGCCUGAGAAGCCACCUCUUUGUUCUCUUGAUGCUGAGCCACGCCCUGCAAGCUUCACAGCUCCAGAAGAAUCACAGCUUCAAACAUUAUCAAGUGCAGAUAGCCCUCCAAUUUCCCCAAGAGGAAGUGAUGAGUCAAAGGAACUGUUUUUACUCCAUCAAGCCCUGAACACAGAUUUCCUCUCUAAUCAGCAGCUACUAAGAAAUGGGCUGUACAGGAGCAUCAUGAGGGGAAGGACAGUGGGUAGAUGGUUGAAAGAUCAAAAGGAGAGGAAGAAGCAGGAGCUAAGAACUCACAACGCCCAAUUGCACGCAGCAGUAUCUGUGGCUGGGGUUGCUGCCACUGUGGCUGCUCUUGCUGCCUCAUCGGCAACAUGCCCUGAAAAUUCAACAACCCAACACAGGGCACCUUCCAAAGCAUCUGCUGCAAUGGCAUCUGCAGCAGCUCUGGUAGCAUCCCAUUGCAUUGAGAUCGCAGAGGAAAUGGGAGCUGAUCGUGACCAUAUCUUGUCGGUUGUUGAUUCUGCAAUCAAAGCUAGGACUAACGGUGAUAUCAUGGCCCUAACUGCUGGAGCUGCAACAGCCUUAAGGGGAGCUGCCAUCCUAAGGGCAAGACUGCAGAAGGGGUGUGGGGGUGCCCCUAUUGCUCUGGCUGAUGAACAGGUUGAAGAGGGCAAAGAAUCGAGUGCCUUAACAGCAAUGAACUUUGUUUCCAAAGGAGGAGAGCUUCUCAAGCGCACCAGGAAAGGUGCUCUUCACUGGAAACAAGUUUCUUUCAACAUAAAUUCAAGUUGGCGGGUGGUAGUGAAAUUGAAAAGCAAGCACAUGGCAGGAACAUUCACAAAGAAAAAGAAAUGCAUAGUUUUCGGAGUCUACUGCGACAUCGCGGCAUGGACAGGAAGGGAGAGGGAGGAUACCCUUGAGCAGAGGGCUUAUUUUGGGAUACAAACUGGUGACAGGAAAAUUGAGUUUGAAUGCAGAAAUAAAGGUGAGAAACAAAUGUGGAUCGAUGGGAUUCAGCACAUGUUGAAUUGCCAAGCCAGCAUGACUUGAAUUUUGGAGACAGGAAACUGAUUUCACCCAUUACAGUUGUAUAUAGUGUGAAAUGAGUGAGUUAUUAUGUCUGCAGAAUGGCACCAAUUACUAACCAGGUGUCUCAAGCAGAAUUGGUAAGACAGAAGACAAAUAUCAGUUGACAAAACCAUUCUGGAUUCUCCUAGCAAUUUAGUCAGCAUGUGUGAUAGCUAUACACAUGUCAUGCUUUAGUUACCUUAAUUCCCUGAGAAAAUCAGACAUUAUCAAUAAAGACCUGCAUAACAAGAGUAAGGAACAAGAGGGAGAGAGGAGUAAAAUAAAAAACAACAAUAGCAAUUAGUAACACUGGACCACCUUAGCUGAACAGGACAUUCAAGCCAUUCUUUUGCUUACAGAAUUGAUAGUACUGUAAAUGCUUGUAUUCUCAGAAGUAUUAAAUUAUAGCAACACAAAACUUCUGGUACUGUAAAUGUUUGUCUUCUCAGAGAAAAAUACACUUUGA